AUGAUUAAUAUUUUAGGUUAUUGCAGUGGUCUUGUUUGUUAUGUAUGUCAAAAUUGUGCUGAUCCAGCUGAUUUAAAUGAAUUCACAAACAAUACAUGUCCGGGUCCUUGUAUGAAAAUUUACACAACCAUUCCAACCAUGGGUUCUUAUGUAUAUAAAGCAUGUACACAAUCAUGCACAGAAAAACAAUUUUAUUUUGGUUUUUCAAAACUUGAAGUUAAAUGUUGUAAUAAUACAGAUCGAUGUAAUGCUGGUCAACAUUCAACAUUUUUUAAUCAUUUUAAUCAAUUGAUAAUGACAUUUGCCAGUGUUACUUUUUCAUUUUUAUUAUUCUAUCGAUUAACAACAGUCAUUUUAUUACACUAUGCUACUUGUAUGGAUUGCUAUGAUUGUCAAAAUUGUGAAAUACCUGCUAAUGAUCAAGCCAAUACCGCUACAUGUGGUUCAUCUGUAACACAAUGCAUUAAAGUAACAGCAAAAUUAGGUACCGUUUAUACAUACGUCCUUAAACAAUGUGGACCAUGUUCUAAUGAAACAUUUGCAUUUGGUGUCACUUUUCUUCAUGUUGAUUGUUCUCUUUGGAUUGUUUUAAUCGUAUUUUGUUCUUUACUUGUUAUCGGUGGAUUUUUCUAUCUAUUCUAUAGACUCUAUAUUAAUUAUAUUUAUAAAAGAAAACGAUUAUGGUAUGAAAUAAGAUCACCAUUAGUAAAUAAAUCUGUAGAGAAAAUUGAUCAGAAUUUAAUUUCUUUAUUACCACGACAAUCAAUAUCACCACUUAUUGAAGAAUAUCUUCCUUAUGAAUUACAAAAACAACCAAUACAAAGAAUAAUGAUUACUCAACUUCAAUUUAAUAAACCACCAUUAUUUAUAAAGAAUUUUAAAGAAGAAUGGGAUGAAAUGGAUGCAAUAAGCGUAUUUUCAUUACAAUCAAUAUCUAAUCAAACUUCAUAUUAUACAAUUAGAGAACAUACUUUUUGUGAAGAAUUAAUUCUUGAUGAAAAAUCUCUUAUUAAAUCUUCAUCAUUAACUUUUUCAAAUGAAUUUAUUACGUCAUCACCUUCAUCUGUUGAACAAUUAUUUUCUGUCAGUAAUUCUUCAAAGCGAACACCAUUACCAUCAUUUUUCAAACCAUUUAUUAGUUUAUCUAAACGAUUAAUUCACAAUGAAAAAUAUAUCUCAGAUCAAAAUAAUUCAUCGAAUCACAUUGUGCUUACUAUGGAUAAUUUUAAAGAAAUAAAAAUAUUUGAUAAUGUCUCACACGUAUAA